AUGGAGAUUGGUUUUGAAGAUCAUAAUCUGGAGGAACCCAAUCAACCUUUAUGGGAGAAACGAAAGAAAGAUGCAAAGGCUUUGUUCACUAUCCAAUCGGCAUUGGAUGAAGAUAUGUUGUCCAAAAUUUCAGUAGUGAACACAGCUCAUGAAGCAUGGGAGAUGUUGAAGCAAGAGUACUUGGGAGCUCAAAAGAUAAUCACUGUGAAGUUAUAA